UUUCACUUUUUUGUCAUUUUCGUUGCAUUAAUGACUGUUAGAGCUUGUUAGAGUCCCAGAUGCUAAAUCAUCACCGAGAUCGUAAAGUGUUUAAAGUUGGAUGUAAUGUGGUACUGGAUAUAACAUGAUAUGAAAUUCGCAGCUAGUGCAGAAAAAUAAGGAUGCAUUCUCAUCCGAAAUCUCGAAUCGAAAUCUAGCUUCGUGAACAUAAACUAUUAAACCCUGUCUGUUUCGUUGGCCAAUAAACUGUAAUGUCAAUCACGUUCGAGACGAAUUCAAGUGCCAUUGAAUAACGACUGAUUAUUUCGGGGUGCCAAUUUUAGGAACAAUUCUCGAAAAUCAAUAUAAUCAGCUGUGCUUCCAAAACCUCUCACUAGUCAUUACAGAGGAGCUACUUGAUGAGCUGCACGUGUUGAAAACGCGGCGAUCAUUUAUAUCGAGACGAAAAGUCAUUUGGCAAGACCGUAGAUUUCAACCCCAGGAAACGUGACGUCAGAACAAAUAGAUUCAGUUGUCACGAGAAUCCUCAAAUCACAUACACAUCUCUGGAUGGACUUAUAAGUAGACCCGUUCCCAAGAAAAAUUGGCGAAACUUCAUUUUCCAUUCGACCUGGAAAUCGCACAGGAAUAUGGGGUCAUCCCAGAACACUCUCUUAUCCGCCUUCGUCACUGGCCUGAUUUUUUCUGCCGUCAUAACACAAGGAUACUCAGAAACUGAGACAGUCUACAAAACUGGGCAAUAUGGCGAAAUUGUUGAGAGACAUCCCGAAUGGGUUUACCAUAAUGCAAGUGGAGGAGAUUUUCCUCAUGUUUUUGACAUCAUAACCAUCCCUGCCCCUGCGACCUCAAAACCUUCACCUGCAUCCAGGACAAUAAGAGCAACAGGUCCUGUGGACAUCCAUCCAGAGUGGACCUACCAUAACACCGAUGGAGGAGAUUUUCCGAGAGUUUUUGAUGUGUACACCUUGUGCGAAAAACAGGCAUGCAUUGAGACAGGCCUGGAAUUCACGAAAAAUCUGAACAGUUCGGCAGAUCCUUGCGAAGACUUUUACGAAUUUGCUUGCGGAAAUUCGAAUUCCGCCUACGAGGCGCCGGGAAGUAAAGCUUUCUGGAAUCAGUUCGAAUCGCUGAAUAUAAAACUAAGCGAAGAAAUGCGACAGGGUUUGCUGAAGGGAAGCAAUUCGGAAGAAGCUCAAGCUGUGAAGGCAACGAAGCUUCUUUAUCGUGCCUGUAUGGAUGUUGAUUCAAUCGAGAAAAGAGGAAUCCAGCCGAUAGAAACAAUUGUGGAAGAACAUGGAGGAUGGCCUAUGGCAAUACCCGAGUACCAAUGGUCCGAAAAUUUGGAAACUUGGCAAGACAUCCAUCGUGCUUAUGCCCGUCUUAUCGGACAUCCAAUUUUUUACACCCUGGAUGUCUCGAUUGCCAAGGAUCACUCCACUAACAGAGUUAUCUCGAUAAAUCAUCCCACUUUCACCAUCCCACGACCAAUGUUGCUUAAUCGCGAGAAAUAUUCAAAAGAAAUCGCAGCUUACACCCAAUACUUGAAAAAUAUUGUGCUUCUGUAUGCUAAUGAAGCUUUCCAUACAAGUCCAUCUACCCAGGAACUUGAUAAGAAUGUGCAAGACGUAAUUGAUUUCGAGAUUAAAUUAGCUCAGAUCACUACGUCCGAAAAAGAACAAUUACUAGAAGGAAGUACUUCCCAGUUUAUGACCAUCACCGAUUUGCAGAAAUUAUUUGACGGUUAUCGAACCAAACUUAAUGUGGAAAAUAUAAAUUGGCUCGAGACUGUGCGAGAAUUUUUCAAACCCAUCGUGCAGAUCGAGGAAACUGAAAAAAUCGUCGUUUAUGACAGAAAAUACUUCAAGAGGCUGGCUGGUGUACUUGAAAGUACACCAUCUAAAACGAUAGUAAAUUAUCUUCAGUGGCAGCUGAUAGAAGAAUUGCUGCCGUACACCUCACAAAAGCUGAUAAACCUUGACUUAGAACUUAAGAAAGAAAUAUACGGCAUUCAAGAUGGCGAACCAAGGUGGUUCAAGUGCGUAACUCAGGACGAAUUGCUGCAGCCCGUCACUUUCACGUACAUUAGGAAUUAUUUCCCAGAAAACGCCAUAACGGAGGCUCUGGACAUUGUGAAAAAAGUCGAGACGAAAGCCAAGGAUGUGAUCAGUGAAAUGGAUUGGAUGGAUGAGGAGUCGAAGACAAUUGCAAGAGAAAAGGUGCAGAGUAUGACAAACUUUGUCGGCUACUCCGAUUAUCAAAAGACCCAUAAGGAUAUCACGAGGUUUUACAAUGGGCUGGAUUACGGCUCUUCCUACUUUGAGAAUACCCUGCGGUUCAGAAAGUACUCUUUGACAAAGAAACUUGAAAGUCUACGGCAACCUGUCGACGAAGCAGAGUUAAACGUCGGCCCCGUCUCGUUAGAGGAUUACCACUACUACACACAGAAUGCCAUGCGCUUCCCUGCCGGAGUUCUGCAAGUGCCAUUCUUCAACACUGACCUUCCUGACGCUGUGAAUUACGGUUCCGUAGGUGCAGUCAUAGGACACAAAGUUUUCCACGGUUUCGACGACACUGAGCGCCAGUUUGAUAAUAACGCGAUCAUAAAAGAGUGGUCUAGUGAAACCAAAAAAGCAUUCAAGGACCGAGCAAAAUGUUUCAUUGACCAGUUUAAUCGAUAUUCCGUUAAUAAUCUCGGGGCUUCAAAUGUGAAGUCUGUCGGGGAAAAAACAUUAGAUGAGAACCUAGCCGAUGCAGCAGGACUUCGCGCAGCUUUCGAAGCUUUCCGCGAAACUUUAAGGAAGAAGCACAUCCACCAACUUAGACUCCCGGGAUUACAAGACUACACAGACGACCAGCUAUUUUUCCUGUCGUUUGCAAACACUCGAUGUGAAUCAGCGACGCCAAAGUCCUCCCUUUAUAAACCAGAAACCGACUCGCACAGUACAGCUCGAUUAAGGAUCGUCGGUACUCUUUCCAACAAUGACGAUUUUGCGCGAGCUUUCGGUUGCCCUGUGGGGACAUCAAUGAACCGCGGGAAUAAAUGCAGUCUCGAAGAUUAAAUCUGCAACUGCGAAGAUGAAGCUGCAACCAGCGACGAUCUAGUCCCUCCUCUUGUCGUCGAAGCACGAAGCAAUGUAUUAUAGUCUGCGGAACGAUUAAUUAUAUCUAAAACUAGGAAUACAUA